AUGUCGAUGCUUCGAACCAUAAAACCUAAAAAUGCCAGAGUGAAACGAGCCUUGAAGGAGAGAGAACCUCAGGUGGUGGAGAAUGAGAAGACUGCGAUUUUCGUUAGGGGACAGAGUACGAGUGAUAUCGUUAGGAAUGUGAUGAAGGAUUUGUAUGCCCUCAAACAACCCCACGCGAUCAAUUUCUCCCGUAAAAACGAUAUCCACCCAUUUGAAGAUACAGCUUCCCUAGAGUUCUUCUCCAAUAAGAACGAUGCGAGCUUGUUCGUGACCGGCUUACACAGCAAAAAGAGACCUCAUAACUUAGUAUUCACGAGGAUGUUCGAUGGGCGGGUGUUGGAUAUGUUGGAAUUGGGUGUGGAAGGGUUCAAAGGUAUGGGUGAUUUUGAUUCACCAAAAUCAUCCGUUGGUAUUCGACCACUAAUGAUAUUCCACUCCGAUCUCUUCGAUACUCACUCAAAAUAUCAACUCAUCAAAUCAUUCUUACUAGAUUUCUACAAUGGUCAUGCCCUUAGUGAAAUCCCCUUGAUUGGCGGUAUAGAACAUGUCAUCUCAAUCACUGCGGGUCCCCUUCCUCAAGAUCAUGAUGAGAAUACAGACAAAAAUUUACCAAAGGUUCAUUUUAGAGUAUAUACCGUUAAACUUCUUGCAUCGGGAAGUAAGGUACCAAAGUUACAGUUGACCGAGAUGGGACCAUCGAUCGAUUUUGCGGUAAGGAGAGUACAGGAUGCGGAUGAAGAGAUGUUGAAGAUGGCUUUGAAGAGACCUAAGAUAGCUAAGAGCGAUGUUGAGAGUGGAUUAGGAAAGAAGAAGAAGAAUAUCGAAACUGAUUCGAUGGGUGAUAAGGUCGGUAAAUUACAUUUGGAAAGACAGGAUCUGUCGAAGAUGCAAGGAAGAAAGAUGAAGGGAUUGAAAUUUAGGAAAGAGAGACCUUCUGCUGAAGAGAUGCAAGUUGAUGAUGAAGAGUAG